AUGACGAAAUGCCCCAUUGUCAACUUCAUCUUCUUUUUGUUUCUUUUUCUGUCUGUGAUCCAAAACUGUGAGUCUGAAACAAGAAAUUCAGGAGAUUAUAUAAUAUACAUGGGAGCAGCAUCCUCGGAUGGCUCAACAGGCAAUGACCAUGUUGAGCUUCUGAGCUCAUUGUUUAAGCGGAGCGGCAAAUCACCAACGCACAGAUACAAGCAUGGGUUCUCUGGAUUCGCAGCCCAUUUAUCAGAAGAGGAAGCACGCAUCAUGGCCAAUCAACCAGGAGUGGUGUCUGUCUUUCCUGAUCAGAUAUUACCGCUGCACACAACUCGUUCAUGGGAUUUCUUGGUGCAAGAAAGUUAUCAAAGAGAGACUUACUUCACUGAUAUGAACUCUCAACCAGAAUUAGAUGUGGCAGUAGGAGACACCAUUAUCGGCUUCAUUGAUUCAGGAAUCUGGCCCGAGUCGCAGAGCUUUGAGGACAGGCACAUGCGUCCAGUCCCAGCGAAAUGGAAGGGCACUUGCAUGAGAGGGAAGAAGACACAACCUGAUUCUUUCCGUUGCAAUAAGAAAUUAAUAGGAGCAAGGUACUACAAUUCGUCAUUCCUCAUAGACCCGGAUUAUGAGACACCACGAGACUUUUUGGGGCACGGGACACACGUGGCGUCAAUAGCAGCAGGGAGAAUAAUCUCUGAUGCAUCCUACUAUGGCCUGGCAGGAGGAAUCAUGAGAGGAGGAUCACCAAGUUCAAGAAUAGCAAUGUACAGAGCGUGCUCACUCCUAGGCUGCCGUGGCUCUAGCAUACUAGCUGCAUUUGAUGAUGCGAUCGCCGAUGGAGUUGAUGUCAUAUCGAUAUCGAUGGGAGUAUGGCCAGACAAUCUACUUGAAAAUCCGCUUUCCAUCGGUUCAUUUCAUGCCGUGGAAAGAGGGAUCACUGUUGUUUGCUCUGCAGGAAAUGAUGGCCCUUCGAGUCAGUCAGUGGUUAAUGCUGCUCCUUGGAUGAUCACUGUUGCUGCCAGCACUAUUGACCGUGGCUUUGAGUCCAACAUUCUCCUCGGAGGAAAUAAAAGCAGAUUGGUCGAGGGGGUUGGUAUAAAUAUAGCCAACAUUGGUAAAUCUCAAGCUAACCAGCUUAUACAUGCACGAUCAGCCAAGAAGAUUGAUGCUAAUGAGGAAGCAGCUAGAAACUGUGCGCCUGACACAAUGAACAAAACCAUCGUUGAGGGAAAGAUUGUUGUGUGCGACAAUGAUGUUGGUAACCAGGUGAUCCAAUGGAAAAGCGAAGAGGUUAAGAGACUUGGAGGUACCGGUAUGAUAAUCAUAGACGACAAGUCACUGGAUCUGUCUUACAUUGAUCCCUCGUUUCUAGUGACAAUAGUAAAACCAGUGGACGGGCUACGAAUCAUGUCCUACAUUAAUUCAACAAGAGAACCAAUUGCAACGAUCAUGCCUACAAGAUCACGAACAGGACAUAUGUUAGCACCGUCCAUACCAUCCUUCUCAUCAAGAGGUCCUUACUUGCUUACCAGAAGCCUCCUCAAGCCUGAUAUUGCAGCUCCCGGGGUCAACAUACUGGGAUCCUGGCCAAUUGGUGACAUAAAUGCAGCACCAGAAGGCAAGCCACCUCCACUAGUCAACAUCGAAUCAGGGACUUCAAUGUCAUGUCCCCAUGUCUCUGGGAUCGCUGCUCGUCUCAAAUCUGAAAACCCUUCCUGGAGUCCUGCAGCAAUCAGAUCUGCCAUCAUGACAACAGCUGUGCAAAAGACCAACACAGGAUCCCAUAUAACUACAGAAACAGGUGCCAAGGCCACACCUUAUGACUUUGGUGCAGGGCAGGUUACAAUAUUUGGGCCUUCGUCACCUGGACUGUUUUAUGAAACCAAUCAAACGGACUACCUGAAUUUCCUCUGCUACUAUGGGUUCAAUUCUGAUCAGGUCAGAAAGAUCUCAAACCGCAAACCACAAGGUUUUACUUGUCCUGAACAAAGCAACAGGGGAGACAUAUCUAAUAUCAACUACCCAUCAAUCUCAAUUUCCAACUUCAAUGGAGAAGAAAGCAGAAGGGUAAGAAGAAGAUUGACAAAUGUAGCAUCACGCCUCAUUGGAGACGAAGAUACUGUCUACACUGUGAGCAUCGAUGCACCCAAAGGGCUACGAGUCAGAGUUACACCAAGAAGGCUACAUUUUAGGAAGAUAGGAGAUACACUAAGCUACCAAGCGAUCUUUUCAUCUUCUACAUCCACACUCAAAGAAGACGCGUUUGGAUCGAUCACAUGGUCUAACGGAAUGUACAGCGUUAGGAGUCCGUUUGCUGUAACCAGCAAAGCUGAUGAUAGCGAUCAAUGA